AUGCCCUCCCAGGAGGAACAAGAAUUGCUGGCCAGGAUCGGCCAACUUGCUGGCAAGAUCAACCUCCACAAGGCUCAGCAGGCCGGCGUACAAUCGGUCCCGAGCAGCCAGGCCUCCUACAGCUGGAACAACACUCACCGACACGGCGGCUUCCCCCAUAAGCAUCGCGUCGAGCCUUACCCCUCAACCCGAGGGCCCUCGGGGUUUCGCCACCGAUCUUUGGUGCUGAACAACAACGGUGGCACGCAAACGCCGCCGUCCGACUCGCUCACGCCCGAGGCCUCGGGCGGCUCAGGCGGGUCAUCCGGCUCUUGGAUUUCUAAGAACACCCGUGGCCAGAGGUCGCUGAUCAACUCUGCCGUCUACGAGAAGAACAAUGAAGCGCACGUUAAGGCUAUCGAGGCAUCGCGGCAGCGGAAGAACCGCCAGCAGGAUGCGCACGAGCAGUCGCAGCUUGCUAAUCACUUCCAUCGCUACGGAGGCCAGGCAAGAAUGCCGCCCACCCCUACUAACGCCACAGCUACAGGCAAUCACGAAGUUGAGAUUCAAGGCAUUCGUUUCCGCGUCGCUCACAGCGGAAGCAAGCUCAUCAAGGUGUCGGGAGAUCUCCAUCCCGUCAGCGCGACGCCGAAGGUCGCCUUUGUCGGAGGUGUCAAGUUUCACCGAAGCAAGACCGGCAAUCUGUACCGAGCCGGUGUGCUCAAAGCUCAACGCCAAAACGGCGUCAAGAAGGUCGACGUGCCUUGCAGCAUGUUUUCGCUGACUGGUUCAUGCGCCAAGGGCCCGGCCUGCCGAUACGUCCAUGACGCUUCGAGAGUGGCCGUCUGCCGAGAGCUGCUGCACAAAGGGAACUGCGCCAAUGGGGAGUCUUGUGAUCUUUCCCAUGACUUGACGCCCCAACGCACCCCAACAUGCGUCCACUUCAUCAAGGGCAACUGUGCGAAUCCCAACUGCCCCUAUGCUCACUCUAGUGUGUCCCCAGGUGCCCUGGUCUGCCGUUCGUUUGGUAUGUACGGCUACUGCGACAAGGGAGACGAGUGCGAAGAGCGGCAUGUCUUCGAGUGCCCCGACUUCAGCAACACGGGCAAGUGUAAGAAGAAGGGCUGUAAGCUCCUUCACCGCGAGAGGGCAAGCGUCCUUCGGAAGCGCACGUCCGAGGACGAGACGGAGGAUCUGUCGAGCGAUGCCGAGUCCGUCGACAGCGACGACGUGGACUCGGACGAGGUCGAGGAGUUUAUCACCGACGGCGUUGGUGAUGAUACUGACUUCAAGGUCCAGAAGGACUUUAUCUCUUUCUGA